GUCUUGUCGCGUCACACAUGGCAAACGCAGCACUGAGAAAGGCCCCUCGAGGGCAGCGCAGUCUACCAUUAAAUACUCACACCCGUCGUGGUCGCGCAGUAUGGCCUACACAAAAGACUACUACCAUAUCCUGAGCCUCGACGCACCGGGCUGGCGCCAGCCCGCAAACGAAACCAACAAGACUGCAGCAGCAGACCUGCGACGAGCAUACAAAAUAGCACUACUCGCAGCACACCCAGACAAGAAGAAACAAGAUGGCACUGCGACUACAAAGACGAAGCCCGCAUACACGGUCGACGACGUCAAAGAAGCGUACACGAUACUUGCGGAUCCCAAGACACGAGCGGAAUACUACACUUGGUUCCUUCAUAAUCGACAUAUGCUACGUUCCUCAAACACAACGACGGCGAUGGCGAUAGGUUCGCAGGAGCAAGCACAGGCUAUUAGUGCAGAUUUCAUACUCGGUCUUGAACUUGUUGAUUUGAGCGAUUUCGACGAAGUCGAGCCGACGACGACGUCUACGAGUAAGGAGGAGGAGAGGGAGGAGGGCGUAGAGUGGACGAGGGCGUGUCGGUGUGGAGAUGAGAAGGGGUUUCGGAUUGUGGAAGACGAGUUGGAGGAUGCACAGGUGAGGGGGGAUAACGAGGUGCUGGUGGGGUGUCAGGGGUGUAGUUUGUGGCUGAGGGUUGGGUUUGAGGUUCAGGAGGGAUGAAGGCGUGGUGUGUGGUAGUGGGAGAUGGAUACAAGGGAAAGGGUUGGAGAAGAUGUGAGUGGAAAUGAGUUGUGGAUUUGUAACAACCUAGAGCUAAAUACCAUGACAGUCUGCGAGCCUUUUGACCCGAAUCCAUACCUCCUCAACUGUACGUAUCCAGCCGGUGUUUGUUUAGUUGUACCGGAAAAAGCUCGAUCCAAUGCCGUCCAGUUUGUGUAACGAAGCGAGAAAUGAUUGUCCACUGUUGUUGCAAAACCAUUGGUAGAAAAAGAUUGAAGUGCCCGAUACCAGCUGACGGCAAGAAGGUUUGAGAUGGCUCUAUAUGUAGGUGUACUGGGAAAGCUCACAAGCCAUGAACUUGCCUAGCUCCCCAGGAAUAUCGCCGCUCUUUUUCAUCUGCCCAGGCUGUUCCGCGUAGGCCAG